GUGGAACACACAAAAUUUGGCACCGUCCGGUGCUAUCCCACCAGCAUUCAAAACACGCCUUCCACUCCUUUAAGAGCAGGAACUGUCAGGGUUACUUCGUCAUCUCGGCCAUCUAUCCUGCCCUCUUCAGCUGAUCCCUAUGAUCUCGUGCGUCGAUCGCGCUUGUCAGUAACGGAUACUUCCAAUCAGUUUAGAGCGAGAUCUGUAUCCCCAAACAGGAAUGUAGAGAAAAGAAGCAGUAGUGGAAUAUGGUCAAAAGGUGACAAGACAAAUUCCUUCUCUACCAUAGGCCGUCGAUCCAUUCUUGAAUGUGAUAUUAACCCUUAUGAACUCGUUACAUCCGAUUCAAACAGCACAAAGGAGUCCAGCAUAACACUGGUUAAUGGCCAAAGAAUAAGAGUUCGACCCUCACUGAGCGACGAAGAUCGCGAGGAUGAAAACAAAUACGAAGACGUCCAACUUCGGUUAUCGACACCUACGAAACCAACUUCGAAAACUUUGAAGUUCGUCACGAAGUCUGUUGCUAAGCAUGCGACUUCAGUUCCAACUACUAAGGAAAAACGAAAAGAAAUAAUUGUCGAUCAGAACAAAACAUUCAGUUCGAAGAGCGAAUCACCAUCACCAUCAAUUAUUGAGAAUGAAUGUCAUCUAAAUCGUCGGUUCAAAUCCAUUCUUAAGAAGUCAACAACCUAUGCACAAAGACAAGUCAAGAAAAUAUCUUCGUUACAUCGCAGUCAUAGUGAUAGGAUAAAAAAAGAAGAGAUAAAAAUCACCUUCAAUGACACAAUGGCUCUGCGUAAACUGAGACAUAGGAAAACGUUUGCUGUUAACUUUUCUGAUUUGGAGCGUCUUGAUGGAUUGAAGAAAAAAUCCAAAAACGUUAGUCCGACACCACCUAAUUCACCUUCUACAACACCGAAAAUAAAUUCUAUGAAAAAUGAGUCGAAUUCAAUCAAAGAAGUUACUGAUGUUGAUCAUACAGAAAAAGUAUCAAGUUUUUCACAAACUGAUACUGAAACACCCAUUUCUGAUGAAAUAAGUCCUUCGAAGGUGAAUCAUCUAGAAAGUGAAUGUCCCAAAAAGUCUACAGAGCAAAUAUCGCUGGAAAAAUCAGAACAGUGUAUGAAUGAUUCCACCGAAGUACUCUCUAAUAUCUCCCCACCUUUCGCUCCGCCUAGGAAACGUAGUAUCAACAAAAUACCUUCCAUUAAUAAUUUCUCUCAUACAACUGUUCAUACGGUAAGGAUCGAGCCAUCCACUAAAGAAAAUAUGAAUAAAACGAUUGUCACAAUCAACAGCCCUCCGACUGUUCACAAACUACAAAUAAAAAAUGAAUUUACUGAUACUAACAUGCAUAAUCUCUCUAUUCUUGAUAAUCCUCAGAGAAAGACAUCCAUCUUGAUAAAUGGAGAUGACUGUUACUCUACCGUAAAUGUCAAUGACAAUAUUCCUAUGUACCAAUCGUCAGUUGUUGUAAAUGACAAUGUCAUGGACGUUUCUCCCCCAAAAAUAAAAACCAGUAGCACGGUGUAUAUAUCAGGUACAUUGAUAUCAAAUCAGGAUAAUUCUGCAUUUAUAUCAAACCAGGAGAAUUCCACAUUCUUGUUGAACCAGAAGAUUUCAUCUGAAGAAUCCGAUAUCAAUGAAGAUUCAGAAAGAGUCAGAACACAAUGCUCUGUUGUUACCAAAGAAAACCCAGUGAUUGAGAGCCCUGGAGAAGAAAAUGUUGCUAUUGUAGAGAGUUUCACUGAAGAACACAUACCAUCUUCCGAAAUGCUACGAGAACUACUCAGAGACCCUGUCGAGGCAGUUCGACGCAAUUUAGUCCCUCACGUCUGUGGAAAGUCAGAUGUGUAUAGGCGACCACGCGGAAAAAAAACAUCAGAAGUAUUUGUGCCACCUUCUGCCGAAAAUAAAAGCAUGACAACAAAAUCCUCAGAAGACUUCUUUUUGAGGAUGCGUGCCUAUGAAUCGAUCUGUGAUGACGUUUCUUCUGAGCACAGUUCCUCCACUCAGUAUGAGCUGAUGGAUCCAGGCUCCGAUUGCUAUACUGAUCAUAGUAAUCGUAGCUCAAUUACUGAGGAAGAGUUAGCUAAUCGGACAAAAUUUUAUGAACUACUGGCUGAUUCAGGAAUGGUAGAGGUUUCGGAGAACGAGGACCAUCUUUAUGAAAGCAUAAAAAUCAAUAAUGAUCCAAUCUAUGAAGAAAUCGAGAUUCCACCACCAUUGCCAAGUAAUCCGCCUCCGUCGAAUCUACUGGAUGAUUUGAAUUUAGAUAAAGAAUUCACCACUAGCCCAACAGAGAUUGCUACGGAGCAAGGCGACGAAGAUCUCUUGACUGUAAAUAUGGGCAAAUUGUUCCUAGAAAGUAUGCCAAUGCUUCACGCUUUCGAAACGUAUUGUAUACGUCAGGGAGCGGCAAGUCUUCUUCUGGCCAGUUUGGAGAAAGAGAAAGAACUUCUGAGAAUAUUUCUGAGGGUCUCCCAAAUGGAAAAUGCCAUGCUGAGAAGGAUGAAUCUCAAUUCGUUUCUUAUGGUUCCUGUUCAGCGGGUUACCAAAUACCCUCUGUUGCUCGCUCGGCUAUAUAAGGUGACUCCUUCGCAUUUGGAUAAUAAGGAGGAGUUGAAAGAGGCUCAGCACAAAAUAGAACUGCACCUAAACCACAUGAACUCAGAGACCAAGGACGUACCUAGCAAGCUUUGGCGUCGUAUUGGCAGUAGUUCAGGAAGGAGAUCGAGUGCUGAGAUGGAUCUUGUGAACAUCAAGUUGAGAAAAAUUGCUGUUGAUGUUUUGGAGUGGAACCACGAAGAAGCUAAAUUUGCUUUGGAAGGGAAGUUGUUAUUUACGCAGCCCACUGACAAUAAUUGGAGAAAGGGAAGAACCAUCAAGCUAAUGCCAGUCAAUGCUUUGUUAGUGAUAAAUGGAAAGCCGACCUCAAAUAAAACAAAUGAAAGAACCGAAGAAGGUACUCUUGUGUUUGCCAAACAAGGGGUCAGAGAAGCUGCCCUUUUGUUAGUACGUGAUAAAAAUGGGCGGUACUCUUUAUUGAGAGAUCCAUUGUACUUAGAUCGUUGUGUGAUAGCUGCAGAUCCAGCUUGGCAGAGUUACUUUGAGGUUCAGGAACUACUAGGAAAAGAUACCUUCAUUUUUAAGGCAGAAGAUGAAGACCAAACCAAAAUAUGGUAUAAACAACUGCAAUAUCAUGCUCAAGGAAUGGGAGCUUGGAGAAAAAGAAGAAACGCUUUAGCCAAUAUUAUGAUAAAUGGUAUGGGGCUGCGAUCGUAACCUAGAAUGAGAGAAUAAUGAAUACUUCCCGGAAAGUUUCCAUGAAUGAAUUCUGCUCAGUCACGUUCACUUGGAAAUGUUAAGAUGUAUGAUAAAGAAGAAAAAGAUUUUGAUCGCAUAUAAAAUGACUAUUUAACAAUGUAAUGAAAAAGAAGUCACCCUCAUAAAUGCAAUAAUAUCCAUUUCAUUCCAAACUUUCGUCACGUCCACUUCGAUAUGUUAAGAUGUAUAAUAAAGAAGGAAAAGAUUUUUAUCGCAUAUAAAGUGAAUACUUAACAAUGUUAUGAAAAAUAAAUCACCCUCA